UUCAUUAAUGUCUCAACAACAACAACAGCAGCGUUCUUUCUGGCCCUCAAAUCCACAACAAAUGUUGGGUGUACUACCCCCAAAUCAUUACCACCAUUUCGACCAAAUAUCACUUGCUGCUGUAGCUGCUGGUUUCCCUCAACAGCAGGUCCCUCAGUACGUGAACCAGUACCCAACAAAAUUUAUAUGUCCAAAAUACGAGUGUUAUUCGCCCGAGGAUGCGACUAUAACGAUGUCCAACGGUUCUGAUCAAAUGAGAGUUGUAGCUGUUCCCCAGCAACAACAUCAACAAAAUUCACAACAAAUUGGAGACCAAACAGCAGAAAAUUUGUUGGUUCCACCCUCGUAUUCUGACGUGCAAAAAGUUGUUUUGCAGCCACUUUAA